AUGAAGAUAAUAGAUUUGGAAGAUAAAGAAGUAAGAAAAGAAAUUCAUAAGUGGUUGAACGAGAAUACAACUUGGUGUGAAGGAUGCGAAAUAAGAUGGAUGAAUAAUAUGUUUAGAUUAGGAGAAACUAUAUGUGAAGAUUGUAAGGAAAAAGAUAUCGAUGAAAUGGAUGAUCGAGUAAGGAGAUUAAAGAAAAUAUUUGAAGAUAUGGGAAUAAUAAUGAUUGAAGGAGAAUUAUUAAGAUUAAUUAGUAUGGGAUAUACAGAUGGAGAAAUUUUAGAUAAAGAAUUUAUUGAAAUCUUUCGAGAAAAUAAGAAUGAAUCAGAAAAAGAGCUGAAGAAAAAAAAAGAUGUUAGUUUUGAAGAAUCAGAAAGUGAAACUGAAUCUGAUACAGAAGAAAAAGAUAAUGAGAUUAAUGAUUCUAGUGAAGAAUCAGGAGAUGAGUAUGAAGAAAUAGAACAAGAGGAGUUGUUUUCCUUUGUGAAAAAUAAUGGAAUGAAAAAGAAAAAUAAAUUCUUUUUUAAUAUAAGAGUUUAUUAAAUAGUUAAUACAAGUUAAUCCCUAACUUAUACUAUCUAUUUUCUAUCUAUCUGACACACUGGCACACACUUUAACUUAAGAAAAAUCAAAAGAUAUUUAUAUAAAAAUAAAAUAUAAAGAAAAUAAUAUAACUAAAAUAAAUAAAGUAAAUAAAAUAAAUGUAAUAAAUAAAAGAAAUAAUAAAAAUAAUAAAAAUAACAUAAAUAAUAUAAAUAACAAAAAUAACAAUUGUAACGUUAAUCAGAUCUACAAAAUUAUUUGAUUACAUAAUGAUUGAUC